AAAACAAAAUAUGAAGGUACAGUACCUAUACAUAUUAUAUUUUCGAUUAAAUACAUAUCUGUUCAGGCGCUUGAGCUAACAGGGGAUUCCCUGUAUUUGUCAGGCUUAUUUAAGUGGGUUUGGCAUAUGGAUAUUCAUAGUGAUUGUGAAGUCAACUUUGUAGAGAAUAUGUCAACAACCGAGGACUACGUGAGUGAAAGGAACAAUAUAUUGAAGAAGGAAGAAAAUCUCUUUCUUGGAUCUUCUUUACAACUGGAUGAAAGGGAAAGUAAGUUGGAUUCUCAUAUUCUCGAUCUCAAGAGCAAUGAACUGAAAUUAUCGUACCAAAACAGUCAAGAUUUCCUACCCAAGAAGAAUUUUUUUGAGUCUAAGAAGGAUAUUGACAACUCGAAGAUUUUCAAAAUUCUGAAGAAACUUCCCAAGGGCCAUUCUCUUCACUCUCAUCUUCUUGCAUCUGGAUCUAUUGAUUUUAUUAUCACAAACAUAACAUAUAGAGAAAAUGUUUAUGGAAAAUUCAUAAAUGAUCAAUUCAAAAUAAAAUUUCUCAGAAAAGAUGAAGCCAAAGAGAAUGGAUGGGUUUCUCUACAAGAGAUGAGAAGGAAUAAGACGAAUUUUGAUGACUGGUUGAAGCAACAAUUGAGUUUGAUGGUUGAUUGUCCACGUGAAUCUUACCCCUCUUUGGAAUCGGUUUGGAAAAAGUUCAAGGGGACAUUCUCGGCGGUAUAUGACAUGUUUUCUUAUAAACCAGCUUUCGAAGAUUAUUAUUACCAGUGCCUGAAGGAACUGUACGAGGACAACGUAAUGUAUGUAGAAUUCAGAGCCACCCCGAUGCCUUUUUAUGACUUGAAAGGAGGCCAUUACGAAACUGAAGACUUUUUCAAAACUAUGAUUGAAGUGGAGGAAAAUUUCAAAAAAGGUCACAGCGAUUUUAUAGGAGCUCGUUAUAUACAUUCGAUUUACAGAGGUAUAUCUCUUGAAGAUCUGAGAAAAGAGUUGAAAGAUAUUCUGGAGAUGAAAGAAAAAUUUCCGAAGCUCAUCGUUGGACUAGAUUUUGUGGGUUUCGAAGAAGAGGGUCAUAGUCUGGUGGAUUUUCACGAAGAUUUAAUGAAUGUGAGGGAGAAACUUGAUUUUUUCUUUCAUGCAGGUGAAACGAACUGGUUUGGACACACGGACUGUAACUUAGUUGACGCUGUUUUGAUGAAAUCGAAGAGAAUAGGGCAUGGUUUCGCUCUCUCAAGGCAUCCUCAGCUUAUGAACUUAGUGUUCGAAAAUAAUAUUGCUAUUGAACAUUGCCCGAUUUCCAAUCAAGUUCUCCUGUUGAACGAUGAUCCAAGGAACCAUCCUAUAAUUCCUUUGCUCUCAAAAGGAUUUCCAGUGGUUAUUUGUAAUGAUGAUCCUGCAGUUUGGGGAGCAACCGGGCUUAGCUAUGAUUGGUAUGUGACGUUUCUUGCAAUGACUCCGAAAAAGUGCGGGUUGAAAGUGUUGAAACAAUUCGCUUUGAACUCGAUAAGAUUCAGUGCUCUUGAUGAUGGUGAAAAAAAGAAUGCGAUGGAUGUGUGGUCCAGACGUUGGGAUAACUUCCUCUCAGAAAUAUUGAAGGACAUUUGAGGGAUAUAUAAAUUGGACAGAUGUUUUUUUCUAUACUU